AUGGUACGAAGAACAGACCCCAAGGAUGAUGAAUGGAGAAAUGUUCGAGAUGCAAAGAAGAGGAAGCAAAUACAAGACCGAUUAGCACAACGUGCGCGACGGCAGCGAUUACGACAAGCUCAGCUGGAUACCAGAUUGUCAGUAGCGCGACUGCCCCAAGACCAAUACCCAACAUCUCCAAGGGCCCUUGUAACACUGGAGGCCCCAAUUGAGGAUGAUCAUAACUCACUCGCACUUGUUAGUGCUUCAAACUCACUUUUGCCAUCACCUGGUUACUCCAACAAGUCACGUAUUAGCGAACUUAACCAAGAGUCGGAAAUACUUGUCUCCAAUCCAAGUUACACACCGUAUUCAGAACCAUACGCCACUCUAUCUCCUUUUAUUCAAAUCUCCACUCCCUUGACUGUGUUUUCUGCGCUCUAUAUGAACGGCGAUAUCCAAGGCAUCACCUGCGCCAUAUCAUACUCCUCGCGCACACCCAUGCCAAAGCCGCAUAUCCCUUUGCCCCUACAUCCGACAGAGCUACAACAGAUGAUUGUGCACCCACGGUGGAUCGAUCGGCUACCAUUUCCACGAAUGCGGGAUAGUUUGAUAAGACUGAGAGGUGUGGUGGAUGAAGAGGAGUUAUGCAAGGAUCUUUUUACUAUGCCAAGUUUUACUAUCGACAUAGGGUGCGCGUGUUGGGAUCCGAGUGGUUGGAGGAUGGAAGAAGAGUGGGAGAAAAAAUGGGGAUGGCUAAUGAUCUAA